AUGGCGAGCCUCAUGGUGAGCUCAAGUCGCUAUGUGGCGGCCAUUGUCGUCUUUCUGCUCAUCUUCAACAUGUACCUUUUUCACCGAGUGAUCCGUCUCAACACGAAAAAUGAAUCCCUUGAAAUGUCACUACAAACCUCUCUACCUGCCGCGAUCACCUCCAAAAUAGAUUCCGCUACUGUAACUGUCACUGCCACAGUGACGGCUACGAAAACCAUCAACGCCGAGAAGACCGCAAACGCACCCGCACCCGCGAACGGACUCAAAUCUCAACCCGACGAGGACACCACUACAGGCAUCAAGGCCCUUCUCGCACACGAAGCUUCUCCUACAUUCCCCGCGAAGAUAUGGCAUAAAUGCGGUCCGAAGGGUGUCAACGAGCAUGCUCAGAAGUUGAUGGACCUAUGGCUCGAGAAGAACCCCCAUUUCCGCCAUGAGCUCCUCACCGACGAGAGCGCCGACCAAUACGUCCGAGAGAACUAUGCGGAUUGGCCGGACGUGCUCGAAACAUAUAUGGCCCUCCAAGUGCCCAUUCUCAAAGCCGAUUUUCUUCGCGUCCUCAUUCUAUACGCCGACGGCGGUAUCUGGAGCGAUCUCGAUGUCCAAGACGAAGUUCCUGUGUCCGAGUGGAUUCCUGAAAAGUAUACCGAGGAUACGGAACACCCCGUCAACGUGGUUGUCGGCAUAGAGUUCGACGGAUGGCAGUUCACCAGCUGGACCAUUAUGGCCAAGCCGCAUCUCCUACACUUCAAGAAUGUCAUCGAGUAUGUCGUGAAACAGCUCAAGACAACGGCAAUUGAAAACCAUGUCAGUCUGUCACAAGUCACGAAAGCCAUGGUCGGGGAGGUAGUGGCUGUCACCGGCCCGCAGGCUAUUACGAUGGCGUUGCUUCAAAGCGUCUCUGAGGAGACCGGUCAGGAUAUCACGAAACAACACAUCCGCCAGCUGAAAGAGCCGAAGCUCCUCGGUGAUAUCUUGGUCCUACCACAAGCCGCCUUUGCAGCGCUGCAAGGUGGCAAUCCGACGGAUCAGGGCCCAUACCUAGUAUCACAUCAGUAUGCCGGGUCGUGGAAGAACGACGUUGGUGGGGAAGAAGGCCAAAAUCCGCCUGCGCCGAAGGAAACAGCAGCCUCUUCAUAA